AUGCCUACACAACACAAACCUGCCCCAACGCUCAAUGAAGAAGACGGCAAGUCCCAAGCCAUCGACGCUGAGAAUGCCCAAUGCGCCGCCGGUCUGAACCAAUUGCCUAUCGAUAUCAAAGUUGCGGAGACCGCGAAGACCAAGCCCGGCGACGUACGAAUGGAUAUCCCAGCCGGCCAGACGAUGACAUUCGAAAACCUCGGCACAAACCUCGAGGUCCUGGUUGAAGGCACGACGACGCUGGGCGAGAAGAAGUUCAAAAUGAAGCAGUUUCACUACCACACACCAAACGAGCAUAGGAUCGAUGGAGAAUAG